UAUUUUAAGAAUGACUUUUUUCUGAAGAAACAAGGUUUAGCAGACGUCCAUGAUGGAGUCGGAGGAGUGUAAGAUAUCGGUGUGGGUCUGCCGGGAGGAGAAGUUCGUCUUCGGCCUGUCGAAGCGCACAACCUGCGCUGAUGUUGUCAAAGUUCUCCUGGAGGACCAGAACUCUCAGCCGGGCCUCUCCGCGGCGCCGGGCCCGCAGACUUACUGCAUCGUGGAGAAAUGGAGAGGCUUCGAGAGGAUUUUACCCAACAAAACCAAGAUGUUGCGGCUGUGGGUGGCGUGGGGAGAGGAGCAGAGGAACGUGAAGUUUGUGUUGGUGAAAAGCGACGCGUCUCUGGCGAACCACGGAGCCGCCCGGAGCGCAGAGGCGCGCGUGGUGCUCAGCAAACAGAGCCCCUGUGUCACCAAGGGGACAACGCGGGCUCCCAUGGGGGGCAUCCCGCCCGAGAAACAGCGCCGGAUCGUCCGGAAAGCGUUCAGAAAGUUGGAGAAGAUCAACAAGAAGAAGGCGCAGAAAGACGCGUCCUCUGCGGGGAAGAUGGAGACUUUGGUGCAUCUUGUGAUUUCUCAGGAUCACACGAUCCGCCAGCAGGUCCAGAGGAUUACAGAGCUGGAUGCGGACAUAGAAAGGUGCGAAGCAAAGGUGCACUUUGACAGAAUCAAGAGACACGGGGUCAACUAUGUGCAGGACACGUAUUUAGUGGAUGCUGCUGCUGCUGUGGCGUCCAGCCAGGAGGGAGACAAAGUGUCAGCGGAGACUCUGGCCAAGUUUGAGGAGUACGUCCGGCAGUGUGAGGAGGUGGUGAGGCUGCAAGAGGAGCUGUGGGAGCAGGAGGCCCUGAUAGACAUUUACACGGUGCAGAUGCAAGAGGAGCUGAACCAGCGCUGGAUGCAGCGCAGGACGGAGGAGCUGCACAGCAGAGACGCGGAGCGCAGCGAGGGCGCGCAGGACGCAGCGUCAGAAAACGAGCUGCUUUUGGAGGAAGAGAGGAUCAGAACGCAACUGGAUGCGAGUUUAUACAUCGGGCUGCGCCUCAACACGGAUUUAGAAGCUAUUAGGAGCGAUUUAGAGCUGACCCAGGAGAUUUGCGGGGCGAGGGAGAAGGAGAUGAGGGAUUUGCUGGAGAAAGUGAACUCUCUGGACAUAGAGGAAGGGACGGGCAGCGAGGAGGGAUGUGGCCGCGGGACAGAUGAUAAGAUGGGGAUGAUGAGCACUUUGGAGAGGAAGAGCGAGUGGGUGGAGCAGGCCAGAGGUCUGUCCAAAGCCCACAGUGUGAACGACGACGACUCAGACACUGGCUUAAGUUCUCUGCACAGCCAGGACUCAGACAGCCACCCAGUGUGGGAGUCACUGGUUUAGAUUAUCUCACUCUUAAUCAUUUUUUAAGUACAGAAAAAGAAUGAACUUCUGCAGUCUCAGGGAUCAGAUUUACUCUUAUCUUUCUUCAUGGCGUUUUUUUUCAAAAAUAAUCUUUGUAGACUACAUCACACAUUUUAAUAACAUCCUUCUUAAACUGGUCCAGUGGCGGUUCUAGACUAAUUUUACUGUGGGGGGCCAAGCAGGGGCCAGUGUUUAAUCAGAGGGGCACAUUAAAAAACUGCAAAGAUUAUAUUUAGGCAUUCAAAACCUUUAUUUUAGCUGAUUUAAAAAUCUCAUUUAAAUAUAUUUG